GUCGCGUCGGUCUCGCGAGAUUCAGCGAGAUGUUAAGUUGAAGAAACAUGGCGACGUCGAAUUUGAUAAAGAGCAAGGGGUCCCUGCAGUUUGAGGACAAGUGGGAUCUGAUGCGCCCCAUCGUUCUCAAGCUGCUCAGACAGGAGGCCGUCACCAAGCAACAGUGGUUCGACUUGUUCUCAGAUGUUCAUGCUGUGUGUCUAUGGGACGACAAAGGACCAGCCAAGAUCCACCAAGCUCUCAAAGAGGACAUCCUAGACUUCAUCAAACAAGCACAGGCUCGGGUGCUGAGCCACCAGGACGACACAGCACUGCUCAAAGCUUACAUCGUCGAGUGGAGGAAGUUCUUCACCCAGUGCGACAUCCUGCCUAAGCCCUUCUGUCAGCUGGAGAUCACACUCAUGGGCAAACAGGGCAGCAACAAGAAAGCAAACAUGGAGGACAGCAUUGUACGCAAGCUGAUGCUGGACACGUGGAACGAAUCGAUUUUUUCCAACAUCAAGAGUCGCCUGCAGGACAGCGCCAUGAAGUUAGUACACGCUGAGAGGCUGGGGGAGGCCUUCGACUCGCAGCUGGUCAUAGGAGUACGAGAGUCGUAUGUGAACCUGUGUUCGAACCCAGAGGACAAGCUGCAGAUCUACAGGGAUAACUUUGAGAAAGCCUACCUGGACUCCACAGAGAGGUUUUACAGAACACAGGCGCCCGCCUACCUGCAACAAAAUGGCGUCCAGAACUACAUGAAAUAUGCAGACGCGAAGCUGAGAGAAGAGGAGAAGAGAGCACUUCGAUACCUGGAGACACGUCGUGAAUGUAACUCUGUUCAAGCACUUAUGGAAUGUUGUGUGAACGCUCUGGUGACCUCGUUCAAAGAGACCAUCUUAGCCGAAUGUCCGGGGAUGAUCAAACGCAACGAGACAGACCGGCUGCACCUCAUGUUUUCACUGAUGGACAAGGUUCCCAGUGGGAUCGAGCCAAUGCUGAAAGACCUGGAGGAACAUAUCCUCAAUGCUGGACUAGCAGACAUGGUGGCUGCUGCAGAGACGAUCACAACCGACUCAGAGAAGUAUGUGGAGCAGCUGCUGACGUUGUUCAACCGGUUCAGUAAGCUGGUGAAGGAGGCGUUUCAUGACGACCCUCGCUUCCUGACAGCGAGAGACAAGUCGUACAAAGCUGUUGUCAACGAUGCCACAAUCUUCAAACUGGAGCUGCCAUUGAAACAGAAAGGUGUGGGUAUGAAGACUCAGCCGGAGUCAAAGUGUCCAGAGCUGCUGGCAAACUACUGUGACAUGUUGCUGAGGAAAACUCCUCUCAGCAAGAAACUCGGCUCAGAGGAAAUCGAGUUCAAACUCAAAGAAGUGCUCUUAGUGUUGAAGUAUGUCCAGAAUAAAGACGUGUUCAUGCGUUACCACAAAGCUCACCUGACCAGACGCCUGAUUCUGGACAUUUCCGCUGACAGUGAGAUUGAGGAGAACAUGGUGGAGUGGCUGAGGGAAGUCGGGAUGCCUGCAGACUAUGUGAAUAAAUUGGCCAGAAUGUUUCAGGACAUCAAGGUGUCAGAAGACCUCAACCAGGUCUUCAAAGAGAUGCACAAACACAACAGGCUGGCACUGCCAGCGGACAGCGUGAACAUUAAGAUCCUGAACGCUGGAGCCUGGUCCCGAAGCAGUGAGAAGGUGUUUGUGUCGCUGCCCACAGAGCUGGAGGACCUGAUCCCUGAGGUGGAGGACUUCUACAAGAGGAACCACAGCGGUCGCAAACUCCACUGGCAUCACCUCAUGUCCAACGGCAUUAUCACCUUUAAAAAUGAAGUGGGUCAGUACGACCUGGAGGUGACGACGUUCCAGCUCGCCGUGUUGUUCGCCUGGAACCAGAGACCCAGAGAGAGGAUCAGCUUUGAGAACCUUAAACUGGCCACAGAGCUGCCAGACGCCGAGCUGCGACGCACACUCUGGUCCCUCGUCGCCUUCCCCAAACUGAAGAGGCAGGUGUUGUCUUACGACCCUUCAGUUAAUUCGCCCAAAGACUUCACCGACAGCACCAUCUUCUACGUCAACCAGGAGUUCUCCCUCAUCAAGAACUCCAAAGUCCAGAAGCGAGGGAAGAUCAAUCUGAUUGGUCGACUGCAGCUGACCACUGAGCGAAUGAGAGAGGAGGAGAACGAGGGAAUCGUUCAGCUCAGAAUACUCCGAACUCAGGAGGCCAUCAUCCAAAUCAUGAAGAUGAGGAAGAGGCUCAGCAACGCUCAGCUGCAGACGGAGCUGGUGGAGAUCCUGAAGAACAUGUUUCUGCCACAGAAGAAGAUGAUCAAGGAGCAGAUUGAGUGGCUCAUCGAACACAAGUACAUAAAGAGGGAGGAGGCAGACAUCAAUACCUUCCUCUACAUGGCUUAGGCUGCGAUGGAGGCUGUGCUUUAGGAUCUGUUUUUAACUCCUGGCCUGCGACCGGCGCUUUAGAAACCUGCAAGACGAGAGGGGGAGGACGUGUUUGAAGAAGAAGAGGAGAGGGGUGGUGAUGAGGAGGGAGUGUGUUGAAGGACAAGAAUAAGCGUUUUUAUGUUCGUGAGAUGCCAGUGUGUCAUCUGGAGUAAUUUUAAAGCGUAGUGUCGAGUCAUCAGGCUGCGUUUGUCUCUGCCGCCCUCUAGUGUCAGAUCAGAGGAGAAGGACAAUGCUGGGCGCCGUCUGCCGGAACUUCAGAAGAAAAUAAAUAUUGAGACAUUUAAAUGAAGUACUUCCUGCCUUACUUUCAUCAGCAGCCGACUGCAGAGGAAGAGGAGGAGCUGUGAGGAGGACACGCUGAUAUCAAUCCUUUGCUUUCACUUGAUGCCACAGCUGUCGUCUCAGCGGCAGCCAUUUUGCAUCCCUCCUAUUAUCUACGUUGGUCUUAUUUUUGAACAAGGAAGCAACGAGCUGCGAGUGAAAGCUACUAUUGAGGAGAAGUGGACACAGACUAGUUCAAACUACCGAGGAGUAUUUUGCCAAAUCGUGUGUGUUUGUGUGUGUGCGCGUGUGUGUCUGUUCGUUUGGGGUUCGGGUGCAUGGUGUGUCUUUUAAUUGUGUAUGUGUGUGCACUUUCAACAGCAUGCUGCUCUAUGACGUUUCUGUUAGUUUUUUUUUGCUCAGUGGAGGAUCUGUCACACUUGAGAACAAUUAUGACGAGCUGCCGUUAAAAUGCAGGUAUUUAGUUUUCGUUUUGUUCGUUAACAAAAUCAGGUUAAGUUGAUCAGCAGAUAACACCCCCGUGUGUGUGUGUGUGUGUGUGUGUGUGUGUGUGUGUGUGUGUGUGUGUGUGUGUGUGUGUGUGUGUGUGUGUGUGUGUGUGUGUGUGUGUGUGUGUGUGUGUGUGUGUGUGUGUGUGUGUGUGUGUGUGUGUGAUCAAACUGCAAACUAUUUAUUUUGUGUGUGAAAACCUGUGAGAUUAAAAACUAGUUGAAUGAAUCAAAGAGGGACGUUACUAGUCACCAGGGGCUUCUUUUUUGUUUUAUGUACGGCAGUAACAAAAGAAACACACACACACACACACACAUUGGGAUUGAAGGUUGUGAAUGUCGUUCUUUUCAGUUCAGUCCCAGGAAAAUCAGAAUAUAUGUUACAAAAGGAUCUGGUUCAGACUUUUAAAAACCUUUCUUGAUUUGAUUCCGUAUGUAGGUUUGUUAAAGUCGGGUUGAUGAGAUGCGUCACGUGUCUGAUUUGCAGAAGAUGGAUGAGAGAGUAAAAUCAAGAUCAAGUUUAAAAACGAGUCUGAACCUGACGCUGCAGGAUCUUUGAAGUUGCGACUCAUGUCACUCACUAUCUACUCCAUCAGAGUUUUACUCUUCAUCUUUGAUAUUUCUUUUGCGUUACAAUUUUAAAAGAAAAUAUAGCAGUUUUGUGAUUUUUGUAACAUUGCUGAUGAAAUAGAUUUGACCACAAAUCCCUCAAAGGUCUGAAAAGUCUGGCUGCUCGUUGGAAACUUGAUCUUUAAUGUGACAAAUAACCUUUUAGAUAUUUUGCUGCAGGAGAACAACAUCAUUUACGUAGAUUUGUUUUAUUUUAUAGGCAGACAACAUGUGAUGUUGACGGACAGAAUCACUCUUGAAACAUAUUUAAAAACAUGUUAAAGCAGCUGGAAUAAUCACACCAACAUUGACACAGUGUCGAUUUUCAUGUCCUGAUUUACACACUGCAUUUUUAAAGACAUUUCCUAUAUUUCCUCUUUUAGAGAUUGACACUCACGGUGGCUCUUGGAUCUUUUCUG